CUACAUUAUUUAUGUCCGAUUAAAUCACGGACACAAACUACAACAGAAAGAUGAAGGCUUUGAGCAUCGUCUGCUUUGCAUGUUUUCUCUUCUUUUAUGACACGGAAGGUGCUGGCAUUGUGACGCAAUUAACAUUGGCCGAGCAUGCUCUACGAUACUUUGAUCCAGAACCAGAGAAGAACUAUUCACAGAUAAUCAAUCAGCAUAAGACAGCAUUCUUCGGUGGAACCCCGUACCCGGACGCGUAUUACAAUGAACUCUGUGAAUUUGGGAUGUUUUCGAACAUAUCAGAUGACACUAAAUCAGGUCCAUUUUUGAAUGCGACCAUCAACUACAUAAAUAAACGUCCGAAGCCAUGGGACAAGGCGACUGAGCAGUUGUUUUCUUUCAUGAUGGGCAUGAUGUCUAAUCAGGUUUCCGAUUCCUUGUGGACAAGUCUGGGCGUAGAGCAGGGCUUCCUCUCCACGAUGGGAUAUACAAACUUCCACGGUUCGGUCCAUAAAGCAAGAAAAGCAGGCAACUUUGGUGGAGACAUUGUCGUUGUGUACCUUCUAAGUGUUUUCGACGAAAUUGACGAAUGGUACGUCCCUACUGACGAUCUGUAUGAAAUUUACAAGGAGUUUUAUGGUUCCGUCCAAAUCGACAAGUCGUUAAUAGAGUCGUGUUCAGCACUCGCUCUGGUUACGGCGUAUGCAGAAAUUACGGGAAAUGCUGAGUUGUUUACAGUGGUAGCGGAUACGACGGAUUUCCUGGUAGACAAUCUGAUGGACUAUUUCCAAGGCGGCCUAAUGGAUAUGGCGGCAUGGACAAACAGGAUGUGGCACGACGCCAUCACUAUGAUCGAAAACGGCACCAGUGCGUGCAAAAUCCCACACAACCCCCUUUUCAUCAACUGUUCUAAGAAGCAUGACACGGCAGGGUCACACUCCCCGACCCUCCCGAGACCAACUACCACCCCCUAUACAGGGGACCUGACAAUCAAAGACUUCAGGAUAGAGAAAUCCGACAGGGGCAUCAGCAUAAGACCAGGACAAAAACUAAAGACUAGAUUAAAAGAGCUGAAAUCUCAUGCGAGUGCAGUGAAGGAUGCAAAGUCUGAGAGUAACAAGCUGAAGGACGAUUACCACUGGAGAGUCUUUUUUGAGGACCAAAAUUAUGGGUCUCUGCUGGGAAAGUCCCUUGCCGCGGCUGACGUUGAUGGGGACGGUAACGUAGACGUUGCUAUUGGAGCUCCAGGAUUCUCCCACAAAGAAAACAUCAUGGCGGGAAGGGCCUACAUUCUCUACAAUUCUAAAAAUGGAUAUCCGAAAGGAUAUUACUACGAUAGCGUAAAUAUUAAUAAUGCAACUCUGGGAUAUAACGAAAUAUUUGACGGAGAGAAGGAGAAACACUCUCGUUUCGGGUCCUCGGUGGCUUUGCUGGAUGUUAAUCUGGAUGGUAAUGUGGACUUGGCGGUCGGCGCCAGCUCAUACGGAGACUCAGGUCCCUUGGACUAUAACGGCAAAGUUUACAUAUACUUUGGCACGGGAAAAGACAGAAAAUGGACCCAGAAACCAGACAUCAUUCUGACUUGUCAGUCCAAGUACUGUAAUCUUGGUUACUCGCUGACCGCGGUGGAUGUGAAUCAAGACGGGCACCCAGACCUUGUCAUGGGCACCCCUCAUUACAGCCAGGGCAACCUCACCCAGAACGGAAUGGUGGCCAUUCUCCAGUCCAAGGCCAUAAGUUCUGGUACUACCAUCCCUGUGGAAUCUCUGGCAAGGAAGAUAUACGGGGACCAGUCCUAUGGUUGGUUUGGUCAGCGAUUAAGCGGGAAAAAUGGCGUGCUUUUAGUGAAUGAGCCCUACUUUAGAAUUUGCGAAGACCCAUCAUGCCCCGGGUUUUCUGAAACGGACAAACAAGCCGUGGGCAGAUUACACGUGUACAGCUUCGACACGAGCUCCCCAAUGACCAACAUGUCCAUUGCUGGGCGGGACGCCAACGACCUCGCGGGUCAGAGCACUGACUUUGGCGAUCCCUUCGGUAACGGUUCAUUGGUUUUAGCCGUGGGGGUACCCGGUGCUGAUGUGGAGGGGGAAAUUUUCACGUUACCGAACGAAUUGACGCAAGCUGGCAAAGUCAUACUUCUGAAAGUAGAAAAAGGACAACUCACAGAAAUUGCCAACUACGAAAGUGAUCGACGAUACAGUCGGUUUGGAUUCAGAGUUAAUUUUGCCGACGUUAACAGCGACAAAAUCGACGAUUUAUUGAUUGGAAGUCCCUACCGGAACGACGACCCGUCCAAUCUGUUCAGCCUUGUAUUUGAUGGGAAGACUUAUGUGUUCCAUGGCGGAGAGAAGUUUCCGGUCGGAAACGUCACCAAAAGGCAUUGUAAAAAACAAUCGCCAUGUCCUGAUCAUAACGCAAAUAGAACCUAUGCCUCCUUCCUGUCUGAUAAGAACUAUUUUGGAGAUAAUUUCGUCACUUUGCCCUCGUUGAAUGUGACCCAGUUGAUAGUUUCGGCCUCCAUCUGUGCGGAUGUUUUAGAAGACUUUGGAACCUACUCAAGUUUUGUUUACGUUUUUGAUACGGGCAGCAAGCCGGGAGAUGGUUGACAUUUAUUAGACAUCUUGUAUGGUUAGGUUACUUCACUUAGAACUGAGGUUGAGCACAUCAAAUAAUGACCAGCACUGACAGUUACACAAAAUGCACAGUCAAUCUCUGUUACUUUUGUAAAUAUGUCAAUCAUUGAAUAAAAACGGACUCAAAAAUA